CCCUAAAUGAAAUUAUAUUUCAUUUAUACAGUGAAGAAUACAGUGCUAUUUUACAUUUCAUUAUUCAAUUUUUGUACCUGAAUACUGUAAGUCUUGCAUAAAGCUAUGUUUAUUUCAUUUAUUUGUUCUAUUGUAUUCAUCUAUGGUGGUAAUUUGUUUGUCCUUUCAGGUUCAAAAUCACCCCAGUCAUACUACAAUGAUUCAUUCUUUACAAAUAGAGCAAUUCAUCUGGUGAAGUUGCAAUAAAUAUUGCAGAAAAACAAAAUAUCACAAUGUAAUUUCCAAUAUCGUGCAGUAGUUGCAAGAGCAGCACAAAGAAUUUCAGUAUAUUUCCCAGUUCCUUCCUGUUACGCAAGAACAGCAUAUAAAAUGUUUAGAUUCAGAAGACACUGUGCCUUUUUCUCUCAGAUAUCUCACUCCUUUUGAGCCCUUAUUUCUCUAAAGUCUGAUCUUCAAAAAACUUCAUCUGGUACAAUACUGGUUAUUAUUACUUAGAUUUCCCUUUUGCUAUUUCAAUUUUAAUAUUUACUUGAUUCAUUUCAUUUAAUUUGUCAUUAUAAUUUUACUAUUUCAAAUUUUUUAUUCCUUACUUUUGUUGGAUCUCUGCCAUCAUUUGCUCGUCUGCCUGGACCACACUGCAUCAAGAAUGAACAUGCUUUAUGUCCUUUUAUUGGUCCUUUGGUCAGCUUUCAACAGAACCAGCUCCUUCCUUAUCUACAACAAGGACCACAACAAAUGUGUGUAUGCCGUGAGUGCUAGUGUAGUGCUGACUGCGCCAUGCGACGCAUCUUUCACAGCUCAGCGUUUCCUAUGGAUUUCCUCAUCACGAAUCAUCAGCCUCGCUUUUAAUCUCUGUUUGGGGGCCGAGAAGAUCGAAGACGGGGCCAAAGUUAUCCUUCUGCCCUGCAAUGAGUCUAACCCCCAACAAACCUGGGAGUGUAAAGAUGAUACCUUGCUCGGACUGAAGGGACAUCCACUGCACUUGAACUAUGGAGAUUAUGUCGAGCCAAAUAUGAUGCUGUUCAAUGAAACAGGAGUUUGGAGUCGCUGGCUGAUUUAUGGGACCAACGAAAAUUUGUGUUCUCGUGGAUAUCAAGAGAUGGCUAGUAAUCCUGAUGGAAAACCAUGCUAUUUCCCUUUUAAGUUUAAUGGAGAUGUGUACGCCGAGUGCACUGUGGAUGGCAGGAGUGAUGGUGUGCUGUGGUGUUCCACAGAAAAUGAUUACGAAAAGGGAGAGUGGGGCUUCUGCCACCCAAUACAUGCUCCAGAGACCAACAUCACAGUGUAUGGGCAGAUGCAGGACAGAGAGCAUGUGAUAGUGAUGUGUUCGUUUGGCAGGAGGUUCACUAAGAGCUCUUUCCAGCUGUCAGUGGAGGGAGAACACAACUACACACUGAAGGACCCACUGUGUUAUUCAAAUGAGAAGUGUAUGUUUGAUGUGAAAGUGAGUCCACCUGUUUCCUUCACCUGUGUGCACGAGAUUAAUUCUGUGGUGAACCGUCGCAGUGAGACUUACAUAGAUGAUCAUGAGGAAGGAGUGUCUUUAUUCUACAUCUGCUUUUCCUCCUCCAUUGCUGUUUGUCUCGUCAUCAUGACUGUGGCAGUGAUCGUGAUUACCCUCAGAGGCAAAUAAAGGAGAGUGUUUACUAGUUACUCACAGUCAGAUCAAAAUCUAUAAAUGGAAAUGAAUAGCAUGUGAGCAUCUCUUAGAGUAUCUCUGAAAUGCUUUGUUAUGCAAUUAAUUUUGUUUUGUUUCGUUAUUUCCCUUAAAGAAGCUCAAAGACUAACACGCAGCCGUGGUUUUCUGAGCUGAAGAUGCAAGUUUCUCUUCCUCAAUCUUAUUUCUGAUGACGGCAUUAUCUCAAUAUAGCUCCCUGCAUGCGUUUCUGUGUUAAAAUCUGACACCACUUGGUGUGAGAUUCAUUUUGACAUGCAAUGCUAUAUUAAGGUGUUGUGAUUGUGUUUCGUGCGUUCAGGAUUAGAUUUGAUCAGUCUUCAGCUUCAGUUUUAUUUGAGGAAAAAUCCUAAAAUAACUUAGCAGAUCUUAACUUAAGUUGAGCUUCAAUACAACAGACUCAAGCCUAAUUUUAUUAUAUGAUUUUUUUUCCUUAGGCAUUUGUUAAGAUUUUCUAUUAUAAUUUAAGUGAUGCAAUUUUAGAACUGUGUUAGGAUGAAUUCAUCACAUUAGGAUGAAUUGCUUAUGCUGUAUUUG